AUGGUAAGAACUUCAUUUCCAGUUCCAAACCAACAAUUUCUUGUUGAUGAACAAUAUGAGUUUAUUCGAGAAUUAGGAAGAGGAAAUUUAUUGGUAAACGCAGACUGUGAAUUAAAAAUCUGUGAUUUUGGAUUAGCACGUGGAUUUUCAGAUGACCCAGCAGCAAAUUCAGGAUUUAUGACAGAGUAUGUUGCAACUAGAUGGUACAGAGCACCAGAAAUCAUGCUUAGUUUCCAGAGUUAUACAAAAGCCAUUGAUUUAUGGUCUGUAGGUUGUAUUCUGGCUGAAUUAUUGGGCGGUAGACCGAUAUUCAAAGGACGUGAUUAUGUUGAUCAAUUAAAUCAAAUUCUUCAAACUUUGGGUACACCUAGUGAUGCCACUUUAACAAGGAUAGGAAGUCAAAGGGCACAAGAAUACAUUCGCAAUUUACCUUAUAUGCACAAAAAAGCUUUUCAACAAUUAUUUCCGAAUGCAAAUCCUUUAGCGCUUGAUUUAUUAGAAAGAUUUUUGACAUUUGAUCCUGCUAAACGUGUAACUGUUGAAGAGGCAUUAGAACAUCCAUACUUGGCAGUUUGGCAUGAUCCGAGCGAUGAGGUUUAUAUGAUUGCUGCUGAAGUAGCUAAUUUCUCUUCUAUGUCCAGACGACACCAAAUACCUAAUCUUCAAGUAUUCACAGGAAACAGACAGAACUCAUCAAAUCUAGCCAGAAUUCCUAAUAGAGACGCCAUUCUAAACUCGCCUACUGCAAUACGUGGUGAUCCAGAAGCUCUUGUAGCCGGUCAUUAUCAACCACCUCCACCUGGCCUCGGUGACAAGAGUGAAGAUUUAGAAAGAGAAUUAAGUGUUAUUUUGAUAGAUUAA